AUGCAAGCAGAGGGCAGGCUUCUUGAGAAAGUCAUAUAUAAAGAUGCACAGUCAAAAGAGGACUAUUACCAACGUUGCAACGGGUGGAUCGACGGAGACCGUUAUUUGAGAAUGCCAGCCGACGACGUUCCAUCGCCGCCAACUUCUACACUCGAGGACUCCUCACAGCAAACAGGCCAAACCAUUGGACCCUUCACCAACUGCACCCAUCACGCCACCGGCCUCUUCUCCACCGUCUACAAGCAAAUAAAUACCGAUCACCUCAAAAGCUUAGCAAUUAAGGUCACCAUUCCCUUUCAAACUCACCCACCCCACAACCCCAAGCGCGAAGCACGCAUCCUCGCCGCUGCUGCCCACCCGUACAUCAUCUCUCUUCUCACCACGCAUACCCUGUCCUCACAAUUCCUGCUCGUUUUCCCCUUCAAACCACUCGAUCUGGACACAGUGCUAAGAAAAGGCUUCCCCCUCAAAGCGACGGCAGCACGUCAUAUACUCGAAGGUUUGUUCUGCGCCCUCGCUCAUAUACAUUCAAAAGGAAUCAUUCACCGCGACAUUAAACCCGCCAACAUCCUACUCAGCACCUCCUCGGGACCCGCCUUGCUUGCAGACUUUGGAAUCGCAUGGUCCCCAGACGACCCGGCAUCUGAGCCGUCUGACCAGAAAAUCACCGACGUAGGGACCACGUGCUAUCGCCCUCCGGAGGUACUCUUUGGGCAUAAGGCCUAUGGACCGGAGUUAGACUUGUGGGCUGCGGGUUGCGUAGUGGCGGAGUGCGUGAGGCGUGGUCUUGAUGGAUUUGAAAAGCCGGGUGUGAAAAGCGGGGAGGCCCAAUGGACGCUUUUCGAUGCUGGGGAAUUGGGAAGUGAAUUAACAUUAGUCAAAUCAAUCUUCGAGACACUGGGAACGCCGACUGAUGAGACUUGGCCGGAAGCCAGAACCUUCCCAGACUGGAACAAAAUGUCCUUCCAUGCCUUCCCGCCCAAGUCAUGGAAAGACAUACUUCCGCUGGCCUCUGAAGAAGCCCGGGAUCUGGUCACAGGGCUAGUCAUGUACCAGAGUACCUCAAGACUAAACGCGCUGGAGGCUCUGAACCACGUCUUCUUCUCGGACGGACCUACAAGUCGACAGUGA